CAAAAGAUGAUCCUGCUAAUGCAAAUUCCUGGAUAUUGAUGAAUUUAUCUGCUGAGGAUGAAGCCCUGACUAUGGUUGAAGCACUGACUAUGAUGAAAGAACUGCUGGAUUAUGGGCCUCGGAAGCUGAUGCAAUGGGAACAAAACUGAAAGAAAGAUUGAAAAUCCUCAUGCAUGUUUCAAUUUUUGAUUGAAAACAGUGGUACAUGUGGUCCAGUGAUCGAGGUGCAGUGGUACAAUCUAAAGGUUACAAAUUCAAUUCCUGGACCUUUACUUAAAACUGUUUGGCUUAGAAAUUAGUUCUAGAACUUGCUAAAGUAGAAGAGGUAUAAUGCAUAAAAGCUAGAAGGCGGUUGCUGACACAUUUCUAAGUAUGAGGGAUGCAUUUUAUGUGAGGGUAAAUUAUGCGUACAUCUUGUCUCCGAUCCCGUCCAUUGCGGGAGCUUUGUGUACGACUACUGUUGAUUACCUUUGAAUACAGAGAAGGAAUAUGAAUAUUUGGUAAGUUUUCUUUAAGGAACAUUGUGGGUAUUUCUCAUUUUCUUAAAAUUAUUCUAGCCGUCUAGGUACAUGCAUGAAUCUCUUGAAUUUUGCAUGACAUGUUUAGAAAGUUCUCUUUCUAGAAAUUCCAUUGUGGGUAUAAUAAAAUACAUAAUUGGAAGAAUAUAAUAUCGAAAUAGCUAAUUAUUCUUUUUGUUUAUUGAAAUUCUUCAUGCAUGUAUGGCUAUAUAGACAUACCUUCUUCUUCUUUUUUACAGUUUUGCAAAUGCAUGACAUGUUUAGAAAGUUAUCUUUCUAGAAAUUCCAUUGUGGGUAUAAUAAAAUACAUAAUUGGAAUAAUAUAUCGAAAUAGCAAAUUAUUCUUUUUGUUUAUUCUUAAAAUUCUUCAUGCAUGUAUGCUAUAUAGACAUACCUUCUUCUCCUUUUUUACAGUUUUGCAAAUGUCCAUAGUUAGGGGCCUUUUGAUGCGAUGGAUAGAUGCAACUAUUAUAGGAUUUUCACUUACAUAGUUGAACUUUCAAGUACUUUCUAAAUUUAUUGGAUAUUUCUUAUCUUUUUUUUUUCCACUUUAUUAGUCUACCCUACUUCUUCGCAACACCCAAAAUGCCCUCAUUCCCACUAAGGUUCUGUUUGGUAUGGCGUCCUGGCUUUGGAACAAUGUUUGUGUAAAGAAAAUGCCGUCACAUUUUUAAUUUUAUAUGGUUUGCUAAGUAUCAUCUCACAUGCACAAAGUUGGUGUGUAAGAGUUGUUUUUAUUGUUUUAUAUUUAUUUUUUGUUAAUUGUAUGGAUAUAAUGAAAUUCGGAACGAAACCUCAAUUGACGAUCUAGAUCGUAUGUAGUUUCGAAUCCCGAGUUCGAGUCUCAUCUCCCUUCCAUGAUAAAAAAAAAAAGGUAAUGUAAUUCGGAGAUAUUGGGUGUUGUUGGAAGGCCUUGCACCCUCCUCUACUAUGAAAAACGGGAAUGUGAUGGUUUUGAACCCCCGGCAUGGUAAGGAUUUCAACUUCUACUCGAACUUGUAUUGUUGCGAUUUUCCUUAUUUAGUAACCAAUUGAGUACUUGUUAGUACUUUUAAAAAAUUAUUGACUAAUUUACUUCAUAAAUCUGCUUAUAGGGGAAAGUUACAUUAAAAAUCGUUGUUCACUAGAAAUUGUUGUUGCGCCAAACGGAUCCUAAGUUGACAAUUAACUCAAACAGACUGAACAGUCGCAAUCCUCACUACGGAGUCCUUUGUGGUAAUUUCACUCACCCCUAAAAAAUGGUAAAUCCAAAAAUAUCCGUCACUGCACAAUCUCUCUCUAGACUAUAAAAGCGUACUAGAGGGGAGGGAAAUAGCCGCUCCUUUUAAUCUUCUUCAUCGAACCAAUUUCGGACCCCAAAUCAAUCUACACCGUCCUUCUCAUAUUCCAACGGCCGCGAUUAGUCAAGUAGUUACACCAGUUUCUCUUCUGCUCAUAAACCCUAGCCCCCACGAUAGAUACACUACUCUCCCGCGCCACUCUCUCUUCUUCUUCUCUGCAACACCAUCAACAAGAACUACGUGACACCCAUAAUUCUGCCAGAUCUUGGAUCUCUAGAGCGAGAGAGACCACAAAUCUUCUCUCUUCGUAAAGAGAACCAUUUAUCUUCGUCGUCAUGGGUUCUUCCUUUUAAAUUUUGAAUCUCCGUCGAUCGGUCUACGAUCCGCUUUUUUUUUUUUUUUUUUUUUUGUGUUUUUCUGGGUUCACUCUGUUUUUAGUCUGAUCCGAGUCGAGACUGAGUCGGUCCGAGUGUACGGUUCAACUCACUGAGUCGGUCGCUUUGAUCUUCUUUGAGACUUGAGAAGUAUGCUGGGCGGGCUAGCUUUUCAUUACGUGUCACUUGGAUAAUGAGACCACGUGGCAGUGUGAACGAGUCAAGACGGGAACUCAGUGAGUUGGUGUCCGGGUCAAGAGAGGUCAGUGGUUCGAGUGGAACAUUCGAUAAGCGAUUUCGUUCGACGAAGAGCAGCACGCCAAUGCUUUCGGUUGGUAUGCGGCGUAGUACAAGGGUGUUUGGGAUGGCGAAAGGGGGGGACAGUGCGCUUGUGUUGCGGUCAGGGCGCCGCCUCUUCCCGGAAUCUGGUGAGAACAGAGGCAGGAGAGUCAACGACGGGGAUGAUUGGUGCCAUCCUAUGAAGAAUAAGAACAACAGUAUUAGGAACAGCAACGAUGGCAAGAGUAGCACCACCAUUAACGACAAGAGGGGACAAAAUGGAUGGGCCCGUGAUGUUGAAGUGAAUCCAGGCGUUAUCAAUGUCGACGGUGCUGAAAUUGAAGUGUCCACAGACGUUAAAAUUGAGCAUUCGAAAGAUAGAAAGAUGUUUGGGCUUGUUUACAGUAGGAAAAGGAAGGAAAGAGAUGUGCAGUGUCAUGAAAGUUCUGGUGGUUCAGAGAAUAGGAAGCAGAGGAUGCGUCUGUAUCAUCGUAGGCAAUGGAAGAAGAAUGAUAGGAGUGUGCUUGGUAUGGAGCGAGAGGGGAUGGAUGGGAUUCCUUGCAUGCUUGCUGUUGUUGUUGAGGGUACUUGUGGUGGCUCUUCUCUAUGGUUUUCUUGCUUUCUGCGGGUUGUUUUAAGUUACAUGAAGAGGGCUAUCGUGAGGUUGUCCCAGCUUACUGCAUUUCUAUCAACGGAGCCAGUUUACAAUGCUUAUGCUUCUCAGGGCAUUCGUUUCUUGCAGGGCCCUCCUCUUCCUGGCAAGGGAGUUUGCAAGUUUUUUGCAGCCAGGCAGUUUGUACCAUUGUUUUCUGUUAAUUUUUCUGCGGUUCCAGGGUGUUUUACUUACAUGCAUCAAAUUAUGCAUUUUAGAAUUAGUUUUCGGUUAUUUGGACUUGUAAAUAAGGCAAUGAGCCAAAUGGAUGCGGACGCAACUGGUGGAAUAACGUCUGAUGAUGAAGAAUCAGAUGUGCGCAUCCCUUCAGACUGUAUUUUGUCUGGAAAUAUGCCAAGACUUCCUGAAGUUGAUAGUUUUGUUAACAGGCUGGUAUUACAUUCACCUGUUAGAGGCCGAAAUACUCAGACCCGGAAUGGAAUAAAUUCUAGGAGUAUACAGAAAAGGAGGAGUUCCUCGACGAGGAGGAAAGCUAGAAAUCUUUCACCUGUCAUUAUGCACAAAGCCAAUGGAGCUUUGGUUUCUGAUCUCAUCUGUAGUAGGAAAAAUGGCAUUCCUUUCUCCUCUGUGGUGUCUAAGAAUAAGAUUAGGAGUUCAAUUCGGCGUGAAUCCACUCCUAAUCUUAGACAACUGAGGACUACCGUGGUUGGAUUGCCAGUAAAUGCUGGCUUGUCCACUUGCUCUGCGAACUUAUUAAUUAUUGAAUCAGACAGAUGUUACAGGGAAGCUGGAGCCACUGUUAUAUUAGAAAUAUCCGACUCAAGAGAGUGGUCGCUUGCGAUCAAGAUAGGUGGAUCAACAAAAUUCACUCACAAAGCGGAGAAAGUUAUGAGGCCAUGCUCAUGCAACCGCUUUACGAAUGCUAUUAUAUGGUCUGGGGAUGAUAAUUGGAAGUUGGAGUUUCCUGACCGGCAGGAAUGGUUCAUUUUCAAGGAUCUUUACAAGUAUUGUUCUGAUCGAAAUGUGGCCAUUUCUGUGGUGAAGGCCAUCCCUGUUCCUGGAGUACAUGAAGUGUCAGGUUAUGAAACUAGCAACGAAGCUCCAUUUCGCAGACCAGUUUCGUACAUUUCUAUUAAAGACAGCGAGAUUGCAAGAGCUAUGGCAAAGAGAUCUGCAAAUUAUGACAUGGAUUCUGAAGAUGAGGAAUGGCUGAGGGAAUUCAAUAAUGAAUCUGCCAAAGAUGAAGUUAAUGAGCAGGUUUCUGAGGAUAAGUUUGAGUUAAUGGUUGAUACCUUCGAGAAAGCCUGUUACCACAGUCCAGUUGGUCUUAUAGAUGAUAAAGCCUAUAUUGAUUUAUGUUUGGAUCUCGGCGCGAAGGAAGUAGUUGAAUCUGUGUAUAAUUAUUGGAUGAAAAAACGGAAGCAAAAACGGUCGGCACUGCUUAGGGUUUUCCAGGUUCAUCAAGUGAAGAAAGGUUCACCGGUUCCAAAGCCGCCUCUACGCAAAAAAAGAUCAUUCAAAAGACAGGCAAGCCAGCUCGGAAAAGCCAAACAACCAAUUUCCUUGCAAGCUAUAGCUAAGCGGGAUGCUUUGGAAGAAAAGAAUGCCAUGCUUAAAGUCAAGGAAGCUAAGAUCACCGCAAACAGAUCCAUGGGAUCGGCUGUUCGGAAAAGGAAAAGAGCUCAGCUUUAUAUGGAGAAUGCCGAUUUGGCAAUUUACAGAGCUGUUACGGCUUUUAGAAUUGCGGAAACUGCUAAAUUAUAUGGAUUACCUGAUGAUUUUGAUGCUGCGGCUGACUUUUGGGAUUUUUAUUCUUGAAGCUAAUUGAGAUGGCCAGUUGAAUUAUUUUGGCAAGGACCACAGCCUCGGGAUUUUUUUUUGUUAGAGCCUGUUGAGGACAAGCUUUGAAGAAAGUAUUGUGUUCUUGUAUAGAUUCAAAGGUAUUGUCCUUGUAUAGAUGUUGAAUUCAAUGUAAAUUCUGUGUCAUUAGAACCACAGCAACUGUUUAAAAGGGGGAUUUGGUACUUUCUAUUUUUUUGAAAAAUAAGAGAGGGAAGUGAUUCCAACAAUUGGCCUCCCUGGUGUGUGUAGGAAGUGAUUCCAACAAUCCUCCUUGUACUUGCUGCUCCACCUUGUCUUGUUGACACACAAGACAAGUCUUCACACAUGCGAAAUAAAGCGAAAUAAAAUGGUUCUAAAUGCCAUAGAAAGCAUUGGUUCAA